AUGGAAUCCACGGACGUUGAAAUACGCUGGCGUCAUCUGCCUCCUCCUGAAGAGUCGAAGGCAUACCCGGGAUUCCGUCCAUCGAUCACCGUUUUACCAGUGGGCCAUAAACGAAGGAAAAACUCUCGUUCCCUUCAUGAGCCUAUGAUUUUUGAGCGAGAUCAAACUCUUCGUCUUCGUGACGGAACCAAAAUAUACGCCGAUAUAUAUCGCCCCGUUAGUGAGAAUGUUGUACCGGCUAUCAUGGUUUGGGGCCCAUAUGGAAAAUCGGGCAGUGGUGGGUUUGAGAAUGGGUUUAUGGCAAAACUCUCCCUGCUGACUUCAAGGCUACAAACAGGACAUUUGAACCUAGAUUCUUUCCCGCUGCGACCGAAAGCCGACUCUCUGGCUAUGAGAGUUUUGAGGGGUAAGAAGCUCGGCGUUGCAUAUUUCAAAGGCUAUACUGAAGAAUCACUUAGCCCAGACCCUGCUGAAUGGGUACCACGAGGCUACGCUAUUGUUAACGUGGAUGCCAGAGGCGCGAUGGACUCAGAAGGAUCCAUGAGAUUCUGGGGCUCCGGCGACGGGAAAGAUGGAUACGAUGCUAUCGAGGAUAUUGCAGGUCAAUCAUGGUGCAAUGGCAAGGUAGCCAUGCUAGGAAACUCAUGGCUCGCUAUAUCGCAGUGGUUUAUUGCCGCUGAGAGACCGCCACAUCUGGCUUGUAUUGCUCCCCUUGAAGGUGUCAGUGAUCCAUUCCGGGAGCAGUUUCGUCGAGGGGGGAUUCCCGAGUUGCAAUUUUGGAAAGCUUUAUCAGGCCUGCUCUGCGGUUCGUAUCGAUGUUUGCUUUAUUUCAUUUCGUAUAUUUCUGAUAUGAGACAGGCCGCAAUGACAUGGAAGAUAUCGUGA